AAGUUCUUACGACUGAUAAUAAUAUAAUCUGUGUGCGUCACUAGUACGUGUACAAAAAUCAGCCAUUUAUGUUUUGUACGCUGAAAAUCAUGCAUUGACUGACACGAACUUAGUUUGUGAACAGCUGGUGAACUUGAAAACUGCUACGAACUCCUAAAUGACUACGAAAUUCACGAUUUUUAGGUGACGGUUCAACAACCCAACAUGGAUGCCCAAAGCGUCGUACCACCGCACAUUACGAUCCCGGUUUUGGCCGUGGUUGUUCUCGUUUGUCUCGUUUUCAUGUUUGGAUUUCGCAUGACCAGUCCGCAACCACCGAGUUUCGAUUUUGAUGAUGAGUCCAAUGAUAAGAAAUCCAGACGGGGCAGGAAAAGAGUAACAUCGUCGCGACCAGAGAAAACAAGCACAAAUGGAUCUGUUCCAACGCAGAAAGAAAGCCGGGAGAAGGCGGCGCCAGCCAAGACUUCUCCGAGCAGUAACAGCAGCAAUGCCUCUCCUAAGAAGGCCAAGCCAGCUGUACCUAAGAUCACCACGUCUAACAGUGCCCCAAAGCCAAAGAAGACAAAUGACGGUGCUAGCCAUGAGAGGGAAGAGCAAGAAGGAGGCGAAGGAUGGAUCACACCGAUUUCCAAGAAAGAACGCAAGCAGAACAAGCAGAAUGCAGGCCAGAAGGAGGUUACCAGUCAAGGCCCGGCUAGGCUCUCCCCCAGGCCCCACAAGAUGACAGCCUCAGGGGACAGCGUACAGAGCAGCACCAAAACAACAGAGCAAGCGGCUGUUGCAGAGUCUAAUUUGACUGCAGAGAACGCCACCCAAACCGAUGAACAAACCAAAUCCGUUGAAAAGGUCGAAGAGAAGAAAGUUCCCGAGACUUUAGCUGCCUCCCCUCCUCCUGCCGCAGCACUAGAGUCACCUUCCACUAACAGCAGCAAGAGCUCUCGAAAGAAAAAGAAAGCAGCAGCAGCUGCAGCCGCAAUUGCUGACUUUGCUUCAACGAUACCAUCCGAUAAGGUUGAGGAACCGACUGUGGCUAGUGACGAAGUACAGGAGGUACAGAGCGAGAGUGUAGUGGAACCAACAGAAAGUGGGGUGGAACCAACAGAAAGUGGGGAUGCACCGAUAGAGCCUGAAGGCAAAGCGGAAGAGGCGGAGGAGGAAUUCACAGUCACAAAGUCAAAGAAAAGCAAAAAGAAAAAGGCCAAGAAUGCGUCAUCCGCCGUAGCAAGUCCAGAAGCAGCCCAACCCUCCAGUUUGCCAGAGAUCCCUGCCAGCCAGCCCCUUGCCACAACUAGCCCCAAACCAGACAGCCCAGUCAAGGAGAAGCAAGGGUCCCCUAAGAAAUCUCCCAAGAAAUCUGCCAAGAAGCCAGCAUCGAAACAAGUUCCUUUAGAAACAGAAGAAAGUAGCAGUAAACCUGAUUUAGCUUCAAAAGAUACAGGAGCAUCGUUAGACCCUGAUUCAAAAACACACGGGGCACAGGACACAGUAGAAGAGAGACUGGCCCCCGAACCCAUCCCUAGUCCAGAUCCAGCAAGCCCAACCAUGCCAAGCCCAACCACGCCAAGCCCAAGCACACCACAAGACAGUGUAGAGGCUGCACCAUCGGAGGAGAGGAAAGACGGGGCAACAGGGGGAGAAGCAGGAGAUGACUGGGUCGAAGCCAAACCAGUCAAGAAGAAGAAGAAGGUCAGGAAGGACGUCUGACCUUUGACCUUUCAUCUCUGUGAGGCGGUUGACCUCCGUGUGCCUUUUAAAGAGACCUCUGUACCUGGGUCGUGCCUUUCAUCCGGCAGAGAAACCAACAAGGCUGUGCAAGGAUAUGGAGAUGGCGGUGGAUAUCAUGACCUUUGAACUAUGACCUUUACUGUGACACCCAGUGCAGUUUCCAUUUUUUAAUGUACCCCAGACAUUGUGCAGAGCCUUGCGUAUCCGUAAUUUGAAUUCCAUGUGCUGAUGGCAGGACUGAGCUACCAUAUGAAGUACAGCAGUGAACGACAUGACCCUUGACCUUUGACAUCCGUCAUGACAACCAGCAUUAUUUUCAACCCAGGAAUACAAUCAAAGUAAAGUCGAAGGUAGGGAAAGCAGUAUGUGGGAAAUCAAUUCUGAAGUGGCAGAUCGGCAAAGAUGUGACUUGAAAACUCCUAAGUUCUGAUGGAAUAUGACCCCUGUUUUUUUUUUUUUUUUUUUUAACUUGCACAAAAUGCAGAAUAUCUACCAUUGCAUUCAGGAGUCAAUUAUUCAUAGAUAUUGAAAGGUAUACUGAACUGCUCCCAAAGCUUCAGUCACAAUUCAUGCCAGCACAAUAUCCAGAAAGAAAUAGAUUUUAAGAGUUAUUGUGAGAUCAGCGUCCGACAUGAACAUUUCUGGAGUAUAUGUAAAUUUCAUCAUUUAUAGCAACUGUCAAAACCAAAUCGGUGCCAAAAGGUGCCAAAGUUUAGAAACCUUCUUGCAGUCAAUCCAAACAUGAGUCUUUUUAAUUCUAACUACCAAUACAUUCUCCUGAACUCUGUUGGUAUCCCUCACAAUGUGUGUCGAAACUUUGACGACUGUUGCUUUACAUCGAAGCAUGUGAAAGGUACAUGUCAUGGUAUUUGUUGAAUAUGUUGCCAAAUAUGAAGGGUGUUUAGAAGUAGAAAUCAAUUGAAAAAAUAAUAAAUUUUGAACAUUGUUUGAUUUAUUUUCUUGAAUUGUACAGCAAUUAGCUAGUACAGGAGACACAAAAUUAUAUUUUUUCUCUGAUUUUAGAGGUAUAUUACAAGUUAGAGUAUAUUAUUUUGUGUAUGAUAUGAGAUUAUUGAAACAUUUUUUAUUGAAAUCAGAUGCUUCAUCAUUCCAACCAGUUAAGGGCAUUUGUUAAAAUAUUUUUGAAAGAAAGCAUAAGCAACAUUUACACACUAAUGAAAUAUCAAAUUUACAAUUUUUCAUAAAAAUGUGGGAUGGCUAUUUUUUAAUCAACGACAAGAGUAAAAAAAUUCUCCUUUUUAUUUUGCUGGUGGCUGAUUGGAGAGAAUGAAUAGAUGAAUGUCAAUUUCUCAUGCUAUAUUAGUGUUUGUAAGACUUACUAGAAUAUCUGAGGUUGAAGUAGACUUCAAAUAAAUAUGUACAUAUUACUUAUUUUUGAUGCUAUCUCAUACAAAAACUGCAUGAAUUCAUCGCAGCAUUCAUGUAUACGACAUUCCCAAAGAAUAGCCCUCGUGUUGCCUUAAAAAUUUCCAUUUUUUGGUGACAUUCUUUGAUGAUCAAUAUUUCAUUUUUAGCAUUCCGUUUCUAUGAAUAGAUGCAUGAAAAAAAAAUAGGCUUGGGUUCCAUUUUUGAAGAGUAUUCCACUUUUUAGGCAGUAUUGUAAUCAAACUUCCAGGAUUAUCUCGACUAAUAGUAUGCUCAUAUAAGGACAAAGGUGUACCUUUUCUGAUUGAGAUUGUGGUAUAAUACAUCUCUUUUUUGUCUCAUUUUAUUUUCAAAGUGGGUUUGGGGUUUUACAAGUCAACAGUAUUAAUCUUAUUGCAAAGCAAAGGGAUAAAAGGUAUUAUGCUUAUUUUUGAAACUCCAGCAGGUAAUCUUCAUUGAUGUUUUUUUUCCCUCUAAACAUAUGUCUAAUGACCAAUUCGACAAUUUUAUCAGUGAAUAUGGUGUGCAAAUCAUAUUUCAGUAAAUGGUAUAUGUGAUGGGGAAAAGUAAAACAGAAUGUUACAUUAAUUUCAUUAUGAAUUUUACUGAAAUGAACAAAAAACUGAGAUUCUAAAGUAAAAAAAUAAUAUUUUAUCAAAGUUCAUUUCAAACUCCUGUACCGGUUUUCUGUUUUUUGCCAAAAAUAUAUAUUUUUAUAGGGAUUGGAUUGCACGAGUUUUAAUGGAUAUUUUUGCUCUUAAAUUUUUGCUCUCACAUAUUUUGUGUCAAAACUUUUUUUUCAUUGUGAUUAGUUACACUUAUGGUGGUAUUGUAGCUCACACUUGAGCUGGUAAAAGACAACAUCUCAAGUUUAUUUCCUAUGAGUGUAUAUUGUACAUAAAGCAAAUAUGUAAAUAAAGAUAUGAUGACAAUCUCUUUAUCUUGUCAAGAAAUAUUGCUCCAUUGAACAUAAGUCUAACUUAAAUCAUGGUCUAAAGAAGUAAAGAAGUAUGGUUAUUCAAAUGGGACGUAAAUCUCGAUGACCAAUUCACGAUCACAUUUUGAACGCGAAGCAUUACAAAACAUCUUGAAAUAGUAAAUAUAAUAGUUGUCUUCACCAUUGAAACGUGGGGAAGAUCUGCAUAAACUCACGAGGAGCGAGCGAACAGCGUAAACGAAUGUUCAACAAUUAUGACUUCCCAUAAUUUUAGCCCAGGCUUAGACCAUGAUAUAAGUUCAACCAGAGUUCUGAAUAAUUUUGUGGAAAAUGGAGAUAAUAUUCUAUAUUUUUGUUGUUUCCAGUACAACUCUAAGCGUGAUACAGGUAUGUGUGCUUUGAGCUUUGACCAAUGCACAAAGGAUUUGUGAUUUUUAUUUUUUUUAUUUCAAACAGUCAUACAGUACCAGUUUAUGAUUUCAGCCAUUUUGAUCCAGUACAUUUAUUGAAAUAUUUUAUUUUUUACGAAUUUUCAAUAGCUUUGUGGGAGGAAUCAUCAUCACCAUUUUUUGGUCACAUGUUUUUGGGCUUUCGAAUAGUAUGAUAUACUCGUCUCAAUAUGCUUGUAUGCUACCAUUCCAUGUUUAUGAUUGAGACCAUAUUGAGAAGCAUUGUUUUCUGAGAUGUAUUUCAUUCAGGUGAAGAUUAAAAUUAUUUUAUUUUUCGGGGGCUUUAUUUUUAGCCUCGUUGGAACAACUGCUGGAUCAUUAGGAUUAUUUCUUUCACUUUAAGGGCUACUUUUUUUUUGCUCAAUGAUCAAUUAUGCUGCGAAAGCAUGUCAAAUUCUUUGAUAUCUUGGAGCACCUUUCACGAAAGAUGGUUCCCCCAAAGCAUUCAAUUUUUCCAAUCUUAGGUGCGCGAUUGGCUUCAAUGAGGAUGAAAUAGUCCAUCCUCAUUUGUUUCAUACACCAAUGUCAUUUAGAGUUCUUUUAUAGUUGUGGCUACUGGUUUAAAAUCAGCACAUAUUCAUUAUCUUGCAUUGUAUCAAGUACUUUGCUUUAUUCUGCGUACUUAAGUCAGUUGGGGAGUUUCAGAAGCGUUGCGGACAAGCAUUGUGAGGUUGACGUAUCUUGCAUUGUAUCAAGUAUUUUGCUUUAUUCUGCAUAUUUUUUAAGUAGAUUGUGGAUCAGCAUUUCAGUAGCAUUAUAAAGUCGAAAUUGUGGUGUUUGAGUUUUAUUUUUUCGCACUUGUUAAAUGUCAAUAGAUAUAGAUUGGGCUAUUAUAGUAAAAUGAUAAUAAAUCUGAUUUUGAAAUUUGAUUCUGAAUUUUUUAUGUACCUGAGUAAGUAAUGAUUGAAUUAGAUGGUUUUCAUUGUGUGCCCAAAUUAAGGAUUGUAAUGUUUCUCUGGCCAACAUAUUUAUUAUGAAUAUAGUUGCUGUCCCCAAGGGUUGUAAACUCAGGCCCAGGCUCAAUACAUGUGGGUAUAUAUCCAAAGCUUGAGAUUUCAUCGUCCCGAUUGUCAAAAGAAUUUCCAGAUUCUCUAUCUGCUUUGAAGUUACCGGUACUGCUAGUUUUAUAUCUUCUUCAUUAUUGCAAAAAAUUAUUUCAUUGCAUAUAGAAUAGAAAAAGAUAACAAUAUUUGACUUGCACAUGCAUUGUAAGGCUAACUUUAAUGUGAUCAUAUGAUAUCAUGAAUAAUGUACAAAGAAAUAAAGGUUAAAGGUCACCUUGUUCGAAUAUAAACCUUACAAAGAAUAUUUAUCAUCUUUUGUUUGUGCACUGUUUUAUUUUUAACAUUGUAGAGUAUAUUGAACAUUCCUAUGUAAAGCAAGACACAUAUGUUGCUUUAUGUUAUUUUUUGCUUUUGUUUAGAGUAAUUUGAUAUGUAAGCUGCCAUUUGUUCCACACCCACUUGGUCUACUUUCCGUCUGGUUAUCCCAUUUGGUCUAAUCCCAGUUCGUCUAACUAUUUGGUCUAAUAACCAUUGAGCCCAUUUACCGUUUUGUUCAAUAUCCAUUUGGGUUCUAUUAAGCCUAAUUUCCACUUGGUCUAACAUCAUUUAGUCUCUGAUUCUAAAAUGAACUGCUAAUGAACCAAAUUUUCAUGGUACAACGUAUAAAAUGAUUUGUAGACGAAAGUCGAAAUUAGAUCAUCGGGGCAUAGGACUAAAUGUCAUUUAGACUAACUUGACAUUGGACCAAGUGAUCUGUAGACCACACAGCAAAUAAACUAAAUUGAUAGUAGAUCAUAUGGCCUGUAUUUUCUCAAAAGAGGUUUUAAUUGUACAAAAACCAUGUACUACGUAGAUUUCUUGUAUUAUCGUUCUUCAAGUAGGCGCUCUUUGCCUAAUAUGUGAUUGGAUUUGUCAUUGAAAUACGCGUAACUAUGCCCCAAAGUCUGUAGUCCAUGUUUUUGUACCAUGGUACAAUUGAAACCUCUAUUGAGAAUACGGUCCAAUGGGCUUAGUCUAAGUGGUAUUAGACCAUCUAUACCAACUGCUCUUAGACCAAGUACCGGUAGAUAUAUUGAUAGAAUCUUUCCCUAGUUCGAAGUUUGCUGUUGUGUAUUGUCGAGUAGCUCUUUUUACUCUUAAGGGAUCCUUUUUCCGAUUCUAACUCUCGCACUCUUCUUAUUCCUUGUUCGAGAGGAGGGUGGUAGCAAAUAUGGGGUGCAAUGUUAUUUAAAAAAAGCCCCCUUAAUCAAAGGUCAUGCAUUCUUGUAAUAUUUCAGAAUAUCACAAAAAUAUCCACACAAACCCUUGAAAUGUUUAUAAUUUUUCGAUUUGAAACUUGAGGGCACACAACUCAAAAUAUUGUUAUAUCGUCUUCCCUACCAAAAACGCAUAUGUUUGUGUUUUAAAUGAGUAUGCAGUAAAAUGUAGUAAAUAAAUGUGUGUAAAGUGUAAAUUAUCAUGUAAUGUAUGCAGCAUGUUCACUGUUUUAAUAUGUAUGUAAAUCCAAACACAUCUUCUGGGUGGUUUUGGGGGUCUUUUUCUCUUUUUCUUUGAAGUGUAUCUUUAUUGAAAAAUUACAUAUCAAUUUUCAACUAUUUUUUUUCAAUUUUCAUGCUAAAUUGCUCUACGUAUUCAUUACCACUGAAUUAUCCUUUUUGUUGUUGCUAUUUUUAUAUAUUUUUCCUGUUAUGUCCCUGUUAUUUUUUUUGCAUCAAUGAAAUGAACAUAUGUGUAUUUUUUGAAAUUCAAUAUUUUAAAAUUCCAAAUGGAGCAGUGUUAUGAGGGUAAUUUUAGUUUGUGAAAAUAUGAAGGAAAUUUGAUAUUUUUACUGAAUUGUGGCCCAUUUUACAAAGCUUGAUUGAUUCCCCCCCCCAAAAAAAAUGCAAAAAGUUUAUUUCUGUCCAUGCUUAAUCUUGCGUUCUGAGAUUCUGACAGAAACAGCAUUGCUAUGAAGCUGUUUGGUUUGCUAAGAUCAACUUAAGCUGAAGUUUUUAUUAAAGAUUCUUUCGUUCAUGAACCUUCUGCUUUAGAUCUACGACGCAACCUCCACGAUACAUGCGUCUUGCCAAUUACACUGUAUGUUCAAACCAAGGAGACGCUUUCUACGCAAGUGCAUUUCAAACAGUAUUUUUCACAAAUGACAGCGUUAUAGAAAUCUGGUUGGUGUUUCAUAAAGCUGUUCGUAACUUACGAGUGACUUUAUUAAAACGGCUUGCCGUCCUUUCUAGAUGCUAAAUCAAUGUCAAUGAAAAUUUGGUGGAUUUCAUUUUUAGCACAAGAGAGGAUCACCAGUCGUUCGUAAAGUCGCCCGUAACUUUCGAACAGCUUUAUGAACCGUCGCCUGCCUGGGCUGUCUCAUAUAUUACAGUCCUGGUGGGUGUUUCACAAAACUGUUAGUAAGUUAAGAGCGACUUCACAAAAACGUCUUGUCGCCUUUUCUUAGAUGCUCAAUCGACAUCAAUGAAAAUUUGUUGUAUUUCCUUUACCACGAGAAAGGAUCACCAGUCGUUCGUAACGUUGCUCGUAACUUUCGAACAGCUUUAUGAAACGUUGCCUGACCUGCCCGGUGCUGUUUCAUAUAUUGAGUCUAGCAUUACAAAAAUUUCAAAUUCGGUAUGAAGCCGUUGCUACAAAUGAAUACAAAACCAAGAUUGUGAAUGUAGCCUUUGCUAAGUAUGCUGCAUUUUUUAGAAGAUAAAGCCAUGAAGUUUCCUGUACGAAGGAAGUUUGGUGUCUUUGGUAAUAGGUUCUGUGGUACUUUUUUUUAUGGUGGUGGUUAAGGUCACAUUUUCUUACAGUUUUUGGGAGCUUCGUUGUUGCCAGGGCCUGGCCAAGUUUAGUGGACUAUGAAAUGUUUGGGAUGAAAUGAAAUGACAAUCUUGAUUAUUUUGCAAUUAAUGAUUCAAAGUUCUGAAUAAAUUCUUGAGGAGGAGCUAUGUUUCCAAUAUUAGAAAUGAUUCCACAUUUCAUUGUUAUAGUAGGAAGUACUGUGUUUAGUAUCAAAGCGUUUGAACAUCUCAAAUUUACAGUGGUACUUUGUAUGUUUAUGUUUGAUGUGCAAGACUUUCUUUCAAAGUCGCAUAUGAGUCGAUGACAUUUCUAUUAAAUUUUCAGAUUUGGAAAAGGGAAAGUUAAUUUCAUUAAUCAGAUAUGACUUUAUGACAAUGAUGACAAGAAAGCCAGAAGAUACAAGAGAUUGACUUCUGUGAAAUAAUGUGAUUAUAUUUGAGCUUUAUCCAAUGAAAGACAUAUUUGUGAUUGGUGUGAAAUGUUACAAAUGAAAUUGUAUUUUCUUCUAAUUUGCAAUUAAACAGUGAUUGCACUUGGCUUGUCUUAA